AUGAGUACCCCUAAGGAAAAUGGACCUGUCAGCCCUACCCCCAAAUGCUCAAGUGCCUUCACGCCAAAGAAGGCACUGGUGCUGGGCAAGUUCUCUCGAUAUGAAUUUGAAAAGCAUCGUAAUCCUAAUCUGAACGAAGAAGAGUUUAGUGAAAGUCUGGAACUUCGAGGUUCAGAUUAUAAAAGUCUUCUGUAUCAUCAUAAUAUUCAUGUUAAGAAUCGCGAUCAUAUUGCAGAAUGCUUGAAGAAGCGAAAUAUCGAAGCCAAAGUGGUAAACCGUUUUUCGUACACUGAAGAUCUGAUCAACUGGGCGGACAUGAUCAUCACCUCCGGUGGCGAUGGAACUUACCUGAUGGCAGCCAGCAAAAUUGUCAACUCAAUGAAGCCACUGAUUGGCGUCAACAGCGACCCAACUCGAUCCGUUGGCCACCUCUGUCUUCCAAACAAGUACUCGAGCAACUUUGACAAGGCGCUCGACCUGAUGCUCAAUGGUCAGUUUGAGUGGCAGUUCCGGCAGCGCAUUCGCGUCACCCUUGAAGGGCAGAACGCCUUUGCCGAUCCGACUGAGCUGCACGACCAGCAGCUGAUGCACCCCGAGUAUCGCUUUCUGGAGAUUGAGCAGUUCAAGAAGCCCACCCCACCGCCGGUGAGCACUACUACUACUCCGAAGCGAGUUCUUCCAUUUCGAGCUUUAAACGAGGUCUUUAUCGGCGAGUCACUCUCCUCCCGCGUCUCCUACUUUGAGAUGUCCAUCAACAGCAAGGAGCGCUUCAAGAUUAAAAGCUCAGGGGUGACCAUCUGCACCGGUACUGGUUCCACUUCCUGGUCCUUCAACAUCAACAAACUGACGCCGCAGUGUGUGAAGGACCUCUUUCGCAUUGUCAAUGAGGAGUGCUUCGCCUCUUCCACAGAGAAGGACAAGCUGAACCCCGAGGACAGUCAGCUGGUGCAGAAGGUGACGGACCGAUUCAACAACUCGCUCAUCUACCCGCCCUCGCAGCCGUCCAUGGCGUACACCAUUCGCGACCCGGUCGUCUUUGGGACGAACUUCUCGAGCAAGCCGCGUGACUUUGCCAAGCGAAUAGUCGUUCGCUCGCGCAUGACCGACGCCCACAUUGUCAUUGACGGCGGCCUCUCCUACUCCUUCAACGACGGUGCUAGAGCUAUCUUUGAUAUUCACGAAGAGGAUGCACUGAGGACGAUCACUUUGAAGCCGUGA